AUGUCUAGUCCAAGAGCACCAGCCAAGGGGGCGGCCGCGCCCAAGGAGGGCUCCUCGCCAGCUCCCGCGGCGCAACCCGAGCCGGUUCACGAGCCGCCGACCAACACCCAAAUUCCUUUUGACGACGACGAUGGCGACUCUGCGUUUGAUGACGACGCGAGCGCCCUCUCUUCGACCGCCUCCCUCUCGGAGAGCAUCUUCGACUACCGCAGCAUCAACGGGCGCACGUUCCAAAACUCAAAGACGACCGAGUAUUGGGGCCCCAACGACGACCGGCAGAACAACGGCCUCGACAUCGCCCACCACUUCAUGGUGAUGCUCAAGGGCGACAAGCUCUUCGACGCGCCCAUCGAGCGCCCCAAGCGCGUCCUCGACGUCGGCACGGGAACGGGCAUCUGGGCCAUCGACAUGGCCGACGCCUACCCGUCGGCCGAGAUCAUCGGCACCGACAUCUCGCCCAUCCAGCCCACCUGGGUGCCGCCCAACUGCAUGUUCCACAUCGAGGACGCGCAGCUCGAGUGGACCUACCGCCCGGAGAGCUUCGACUUUGUCCACAUGCGCACCCUCUACGGCAGCAUCAGCGACUGGGGCGAGCUCUACCGCCAGGCCUUCCGCGCCCUGCAGCCCGGCGGCUGGCUCGAGGACUUUGAGAUCAACAUCCACCUGCACAGCGACGUGCCCGAGGUCCGCGACGACCCGGAGCACAUCUUCAAGCGCUGGGCCAAGGUCUUUUGGGAGGGCGCCGACCGCAUCCACCGCACCCUGCGCAUCGCCAACAACGGCACCAUGCGCAAGCUCGUCGUCGGCGCCGGCUUCACAAACGUCGUCGAGCGCUCCUACCAGGUCCCCGUCGGCGCCUGGAGCAGCGACCCCAAGAUGAAGCAGAUUGGCGCCUACAACCUCGCCUUCAUGGACGAGAGCCUCGAGGGGUUCGCCCUCUUCAUCCUCAAGGAGAUUAUGGGCUGGAAGUACGAGGAGGUCCAGCUCUUUGUCAUGGAGAUGCGCAAGGCCAUUCGCAACCCGCGCAUCCGCCCGUACUAUCUCAUGUAA